UGCAGAUCUUCAAUAAAUUCAGGUGAUUUCCCUCGGAUGCAAAGUAGAAAGUUAGAUCCUUCUUGGAUUGUGUUGCUUCGAGUUGUCGACUCGCCUCGAGAGGCCUCAUCUUCUUCUCUUCUUCAAAACCAACAUUAAUUGGAGUUGUUUAAUGUGCAUCUGCAUCUCCCUCUCAAGAAUGGAUGGAUACUGCUCGAUUUCCUGUGCAGAUUUGUUAUUAAUUGAGUCAAUUUUUUCGGCUGCAAGUUAAUACAUCUCUGAAGCUUGCUUGACUUGUCAAGUCCCUCCAUUACUACUCUUUAUCUACUUCCACCUAAGACAAGUAAGUGGCCUUUUUGAUGUUCUAUAUAUGUCUCUGUUGUGAGAUGCAAAAUCUUCUCGAUAAUAGUUGGGCCUUGAGGAUCUCUAGUCCCUACUUGACUAUGAUAUAAAAACGUUCUAUUAUCCGCAUACUUGGAGCCUGGAGGUGAGCUUUUUAGUUCCUUUUUGGGUUUAAUUUGUUGCCUUUACUCGGUUAUUGGUGUUUUUCAGUCCCAAUAUGGAUUCCGAUGAAAUCAUCCCAUUACCUAUGAUGCAUGGUGGAAUCAGAUGUUUUGUGGCUUGGAAGCAUGGUAUUAGCCAAAUGUUGCCGCCAGUUCAAUUCAAAUGACGAUUCAUACAUGCUGAGCUAUGAUGCUGUCAUACUUUAUGCAAUGUUCUCUAUUGAUCAAAAUGGCAUCGCAAAACAAAGCCCCGAAUCGUACAGUGAACAAAAAUUAUAAUGUUAUUGAUAUCACAUCAACUGAAAGUCAGAGCAUCGAAAGUCAUGGAGCUGAAACAUCCAAAACCAGAGUAAGAUCUGGCAAUUGGACGGAGGUCAUGGAUUCGGCUAUGUUGAAUUUGAUGACCGAGGAACAUGUGCUUGGUAAUUUCGUAAAUGGAAGUUUCACUCCUUUGUCUUGGAUAAGAAUAGUACAUGACUUUAAUGCACGGACCAAAGUAAAUUUCGCCAAAAGCCAUCUUCAAAAUCGAUUAAAAGUUUUGAAGCGGCAGUUCGUUAUGUACCAAACGUUGGCAAACAAAAGUGGAUGGGGAUGGGAUUACGAUCGUAAUAUUCCGACGGCCGGGGACCCGAAUGAUUGGGACGCAGUGGUAGCAGAAAAUCCAGCUUAUUCACGGUAUAGGGACAAGCCAUUCCCUGCAUAUCAGGAUAUUGCAUUCCUUUCUGGAAAGACAACUGCCACGGGUAGGCAUGGGUUUACAACAGGGAUGCAAAAUGAUGAUAUUCGGAGCACGUCCUCCUCUUCCCCAGGUACUACUGCGAUUUUACAACAAAUUAAAAAUUCUAUGGCAGGGGCUUGUGGUUUUGGGCAAACUUCUGGUACUCAACAUGUACCCCUGCCGUUGUCGCCGCCGAAUCAAGAAGGUCCCAACGAUGCGUCAUCUUACUCCCCAACUCCAACUCCAGUGAAGAGCGGAAAUCCGAACACUAGCAUUGCUUCAGCCGAUACCACUUCUGGCAAGAGACGUCGUUCUUCACCUCCUUCACGUAAAACUACACCAACAUCAACCCGUAGGGAAAACUUGAGUGCAACACUGAUGCCAUCCAAGAGUUGGUCAAUCUCGGUAAGAAGCGAUUGAACAUUGCCGAGCAAAUGCUACAGCGCGAGCUCGAUGCCCGUCCAAAGGUUCACUCUAUUGAGGACUGUAUGGUAAGAUUAAAUGAUAUUCCAAAUCUGACUCUUGAAGCUAUCCUUUCUGCAUGUGAAGCGUUCAAAGAUGAGCGCAAUCGAUCGAUCUUUAUGUCGCUAAGUGGCGAUAUUCUUUAUAUGUGGAUCGAUCGCUAGGUGGUCAUGCAAAGGACCGCCGCUGCACAAAAUCCUGAUUCACCUCCCUUCCCUCCUAACUAGAUUGAAACUUUCGUACUCUACUUUCAAAUUUUUGUGGCCUUGCAUACAAAUUUAAUCUAUUUUGGAUGUACGGUAUGGUUAGGAAGGCCUAUAUUAUCCAUAUUUAUGUUAUGUGGGCUUAUUUUGUAUGUGAACUAAUAUAUCGCUAGUUUCGUGCUACUAUGCAUGUGUAGUGCUAAAGGAUAUUGUGUAUUGAACAUGUACUGCCAGCAUAAGCUGUUGUUUUUAUGCUAAUUUUGGACUUA